AUGGAGGAGCUUGCAGGCUAUACAGUAGGUGGUGGAUCAUUGGGCAAAGUGGACAGUGGAUUAUCAAAGGGGAGAUCAAUAUGUAUAGUCCCCAGUACUUUUGCCAGUGAUGAAGUGGAAGACCCAGAUGGCAUGGAGCCUUAUGAGUACUCCAUAAAAUGGGGACUUGUGGUGGCAGAG